ACGCUUUAUUAGAGAGAUAAGUGUUACCCUAAGCCAAAAGACCUGUUGCCUUGCAUAUGAAAUGCUGGGCAGGUAACUGGUCUUCGUUGCUCAAUCUUUCCUUUCGUGGAAUUUGUAAAAAAACGUGUCUUUCUGAUGAUGACUGGUGGGUGGUUAGUGAGGUGGGGGUCAACUGAAACCUCUAGCUUUCAUUGGCUUCGGGCUGAGCUACACUUUUCUUCAGACAGAGUGCAAAGACAAGAACUAGGAAGCAAAUAAAUAACCCAAACUGUUUGAUAAAGUACUAAAGAAAUAGUAAGCAGCAAUACAGAACAGAGGGGAGGGAUAAAUGGACGGUUUGAUAGUUUGUUGGCUUGUGUAAGUUAAUGAGAAGCCAUGUGCACUUGUCUUCAUUCCUUUGUACGUGUAGGAGGGGUUUGUGGGUGGUGAAUGCCUUGACAGCUCAAGCUUUUUUUUUUUUUUUUUUGAAGACCGAUGUGCUCAGUCAAAAGUACGCACCUCUUUAGUGCAGAGGCAAUAGAUGAGCAGUUUGUCGCGCCACAGGACCUGCACCAUGAGCCAUGACCAGAGCUAUCCGUUCCCACAGGUGUUCCUUGUAGAUGGAGGCGGAGGUCCCCAGCACUCUGCCCAGUCGCCCAGUCUUGUACCCUGCUGGUCAUUCCCGCCUGCCCAGGAGAGGGCGCGGAGCCGCGAGAAGAGCCGGGGCUGCAUGGGAGUCAGCCCCGGUCUGGCCCUGGUCGUGCUGUUUCUUUUCCUGCUUGUGUUUGCAGCCCUGGGCUUCGAAGCCUACCAGAUUAACCACAUGCAACAAGAACUGAAAGAGUUGAGAACGGUUCAACCCGUGACUGAGUUUAAUGCACCUCAGAAGCAAAUUGGUCAUAAACCCGAGUUCAAUGGAAAAGACAAAGACAACAGACCUGCAGCACAUGUGAUAGGGCGGAUUGAAAAAGACUACUUCCCUAAGACUUUGCGAUGGGAGUCGCAGGCAGGUCGGGCGUUCAUAUCCGGGGCGGUGGUCUACAGGUUCGAAGACGGUGCCCUGCAAGUCAACGAGACUGGACUCUACCACAUUUACUCACGGGUGGCAUUGAUCUUUAAGGACUGUUCGUCCUCAUUCGUUCACUCUGUGUUUGUGAGGAGAGCAGGGCGCCCCUUGCCCAUGACCCUGAUGGAGGCCCACAGAGCGGGGUCCUGCUCUCCGCAGCAGGGCCGCUCCUGGACCACAGACAGUUACCUCGGCUCCGCCCUGCAGCUGCAGAGAUCCGACCGAGUUUUUGUGAAUGUAUCACACCCUACUUAUCUUAGUCACGAUUAUUACGCCAAUUUCUUUGGUCUCUACAAGAUCUGAAGGCUUUAGUGUUACAAUUUCACUCCACUGGGAGAAUGGAAACCUGAAUGCCUCUGAAUCUUACUCAUCACUUUGAUGUUGAAUGUGAUCGCUGUGAUAUCAUAUAAUAACUGAACUGAAUAGCAUAACAUGAAAUGGUUUGCAAUGUUGAAACACAA